CAGGAAGCAAUCUCGUACCCAGAGCAUGCGUAGUAAGAAAUAAGAGCUCUGGGUACGAGGUUGGACAAGGAGUGAAUCAAGCCAAGAUAGGCCUACUAUGGGUCCUCAUCCUGCAUCAGAUCACCUUAUAUUGUAUGAGAACGUCUUCGACCGUCUUAUAUCGUCUAAAAGCGCCUAAGUGUAUGCCCUAUUUGUUUUGUUUUUUUUGUUGGAAGAUUCCUUAGUUCGCCUACCUAUGAUUGCCCUAAUUCAACAGGAUACACAGCUAAACCCUAUCAUAUCACCUUCCAAACAAGGAACUAGAUAACAGUCUUAAGUUACUGCGUAUUCAGUAACUGUGACUCGGGUUCAACAAGGGGCGGUCAAGAUUCCUUAGCUCUAAGAUGGGAGAUAGUAAGCGUACUUCAUGGCCGUCAUCCAGUGUGACAGUAUCGUUUAUUGUUGUGCUGUUGUGUUUGGGAGAAUUUAUCAGAGUUGAGUUGGUCUUGAAGGAACACGUGACAAGAAUACGAGACCUUGAAUCUAAAGUACGGAGCAACAGACAACAACGAGAAGAAGACACGACAAAACAGGCCCUAAAUGUAAAUACAGCAAAGCUAGACACUUCUAGAGUCCGUACUCGUCGUAACGCAUCGAGACCAAGCGACCUGGAAGAACUCCAAAAGCUACACUCACGUCUCUGUGCCACCAUAGUUACAGACAGGAAAUGUCGUGCAGGCCCUCCCGGGCCACCUGGAAGGCCAGGUCCAAGGGGUCGUAGAGGAAAGAGAGGACCGAAGGGAGAGAUGGGAAUACCAGGAAAGAAAGGAAUUAUGGGUCCACCUGGUGCAAAGGGGAAGAAGGGCAAUAGAGGACUUCAAGGGCCUCGAGGGAUGCCGGGAUCAAAAGGGGAACCAGGCCUAUCUGUAUCGUCACCUGACGUCAUCAUUUCUCCUCCUUCAUUGGUUGUCAAUGAAGGUCAGACGGCAGUCUUCCACUGCUCGUCCAGCGGUUAUCCUACGCCUGAGAUUGGUUGGAGUAAAGUAGGUAUCAGUUCCCAGUUGACCGGUGAUGAUAAGCUGGUGAUUUCAAACGUCACUCCCAGUGACACGGGAUCGUACAAAUGUCAUGCUAGAAACCUACUUGGCACGGCACGAAAAACUGUCCGCCUAACUGUUAACUUUCGUCCCCGUGUCUCGAUGAAGACCGUUCCUCUCUUUGCAAAAGAAGGGGACAACGUCACUCUACCAAGAUGUCACGUGACCGGCUCUCCUGUCCCUACCAUCAUGUGGUCAAGAGCUGCCGGGGAAUUAGACCAAAGUCGCACGAUAUCCAAUGGGGGACAGCUUUCCAUUCUCAACUUAAAGCAACAAGACUCGGAUAUUUACUUCUGUAGGGCUAGAAAUCUUCUUGGAUCUUCAAAGAGAAAUAUACAGCUUAUGGUUGUGGUUCUACCCAAGUUUGUCCCAAAAUCACCCAAAAAUGUAACCAAAUAUGAAAGGGAAACAUUUUCCUUGAGUUGCAGUACAAAAGGGACCCUGAAGCCUGUCAUCUCGUGGAGAAAAGUGAAUGGUACUCUACCAUCAGGAGGGAGGUCAGAGGUGAGAGGAGAAACGCUGACCAUCCGACGUGUAGAGAUAGAAGAUUCUGGGGUGUAUAUAUGUACUGCUACAACGAUUGGUAUAUUUAAACAGAAAGCUGACACUCAAUUGCAAGUCAUAACGCCAGCUGCAGAUUGUUCAGAGAUCUAUAAAUCAGGAGUAAGACAGAAUGGUGUGUACACAAUUGAUCCUGACMGUACUGGUCCUUUCCAAGUCUACUGUGACAUGACAACAGACGGAGGGGGGUGGACUGUGUUCCAGAGAAGACAAGAUGGCUCCGUAGACUUUUAUCGUGAAUGGGAUGAAUACAAAACAGGUUUUGGAAACCUGACUGGCGAGUUUUGGCUGGGUAAUGACAAGAUUCACCGACUGACGUCACGAACAGCCUCAAUUCUACGCGUCGAACUGAAAGACUGGGAAGGAGUGAAAGUAUAUGCCAAAUAUGGUAGUUUUAGUGUUGGUUCUGAGGGUUCAAAGUACAGGUUGAGUGUGACGUCGUAUUCUGGUUCGGCCGGUGACUCACUGACACUACAUCAUAAUGGUAUGUCGUUUAGUACCAAAGACCGUGAUAAUGACGAGUCUAGUUCUACUUCUUGUGCACGUAAAUACUCUGGUGCGUGGUGGUACACAAAGUGCYAUGAUUCCAACUUAAACGGCAAAUAUCUUGGAAAUUUUCUCAGCUUAAAAGGCGUUGUAUGGUAUUACUAUAAAAAUAAUAUGUUAUCCCUUAAGUUUACCGAGAUGAAGUUAAAACCAACUUAGUUUUUCAAUAAAUCCAAUAAAAAGUCAGUGCGUCAGUUGUGCAGACAGUCAGUUAGUCAAUCAGUCAGUACUAAUWAAAAAACUACAUGCAA